AUGACAAUAUCCACUGGAUCUUCUAGUCCACAGUCAGUUGGUGUUGGUGAUUUUAACAAUGAUUCACGACUUGAUGUCGUUGUCGCUCUUUCCACUAGUAUAAAAGUUUAUGUUCUUUUUGGACAUGGAAAUGGAAGUUUUACAUCUUCCGUGAUAUAUUUCCUUGAUACUAAUGCUGGUCCUCGAGCGAUCGUCGUUGAUAAUUUCAACAAUGAUAUGAAGCCGGAUAUUGCCGUAGCGAAUUAUCGAUCACAUAGUGUAAACAUACUUUUUGGAUACAACAAUGGAAGUUAUGCAAGUCCAACGACAUAUUCGACAGGCUUUAACACUUCGCCGUACUCCUUAGCUAUUGGUGAUUUCGACAAUGAUUCUCGACUGGAUUUUGCCGUCGCUAAUGAACGUGCUAAUAGCAUGACAGUAUUUUUGAGAUCUUGUUAA